CAAAGAUGCUCUGCUUUAGGAAAAGCAUGAAGCUACGCAUUCGGAUCAACCGACAGACCAGCCUGGUGGAGCUACUGGGAGAAGAGCCCAAUUUAAAAGAACUCAGAGAUCUCAUCAAGGAGACUAUCUUGUCUUCUCAUGCACUCAGUGCAGACACAGAGUUUAGUUUGUCUCUGAACGGCUCCGAGCUUCUGUCAGACACUGAUCAGACUCUGUCGUCCUGCGGCAUUGUCUCCGGGGACCUGAUCUGUGUCGUCCUGCCUCAGUCCGCCACCGCCACAAACUCCUCCAGCAGCUCCACCAAAACGACGGACCAGAGCAUGAAGCUACGCAUUCGGAUCAACCGACAGACCAGCCUGGUGGAGCUACUGGGAGAAGAGCCCAAUUUAAAAGAACUCAGAGAUCUCAUCAAGGAGACUAUCUUGUCUUCUCAUGCACUCAGUCCGCCACCGCCCUCCAGCAGCUCCACCAACACGACGGACCAGAGGCAGCAGAGGCUACUGAUGGCUACCAUGAGCUCCUGCCAGCCAAGUGGCGGUGGCAGCUGCAGCAGCGGUCCUGCAGCUCUGACAGAGUCUGAGGAGAGCGCUGAGAUACAGCACUCUGAACUGCCAGUGCCCAGCUGGGAGCCAAUGCUGUGCAGUGAGGCAGGGGAGGGUCAGGCUCCUCUCUCUCUGGAGCUCCUCUACCACACAGCUCACACCACCAGUCCCAGUGAUGCCAUCAUGGUGGCUGCAAACCUCCUGAUGCUCGAAACUGGAUUUAUUCCUCAGGGCUGGGAGCUGAAGCCUGAGGAGAUGCCUGGUGGAUGGAGGUCAGCGGGUGGAGUCUACAAACUUCAGUACACUCAUCCACUGUGUGAAAACAGCCUCACCAUGGUGGUGGCAGUGUGCAUGGGACCCAUGCUCGUAAUUAACGCUACUCUGAAGGUGAAUGAAGCAUUCGACACGGUUCGCAAACUGUGUCUGAAUCCAUCCAGCUACGUGACCAACGAGUGGCCAGGAGAAAGUGCAGCUGCAGCCUUCAGAGAUCUGAGUAAACUAUCUCGAGUCUUCAAAGACCAGCUGGCGUACCCGCUGAUCGCUGCAGCCAGAGAAGCCAUGGCUCUGCCGGUGGCGUUCGGUCUGGCUGCUCUCCCUCCAGAGCUGCUGCUCAGAGUUUACAGGCUGCUGGAUGUUCGCUCUGUGGUCAGACUGUCGUCCGUCUGCAGACACUUCAACAUCGCCACUGCGGACUCGACGCUGUGGAAACACUUGUUCCACCGGGACUUCACACAUGCUGACCCCAACAGAUCCAGGUCCACAGACUGGAAAGAGCUGUACAAGAGGUUUUAUAAGAUCCGCAGUGAGCGUCCACAUGCUGUUCACCAACGCUCCCUCCAUCCCCUCCAUCGAGACCCUUGCGACAUAUUCAGCCAGGUGCCCUUCCCCCUCUAUCCACCGCUCCCUGGGAUCAUCGGGGGGGAGUACGACCAGAGACUAAACCUGCCCCACAGCCUGUUGCCGCGCCCCCGCUACGACCCUGUUGGCCCUCCUGUGAACCCUGACGGACGACCUGUGAUCCACUUCCCCAGAUUCCGACCGAUGGGAGGACGCUCUGCAGACGUCCAGCGAGGAUUCAUCUGAUGAGCAGCUGUUUGAUUCAGGAGUCGUUGCAGUGACUUCUGCAAUGCUACAGCAUCUGAUGACACAAGUGUGUGUUGUGUAACGCUUUACCCUCAUGCGGUCUGGAGAAUGGAUCUAGCAGAAGAGCUCAGAUGUCACGGGCUCAGGCUUCAGGGCAGCUGCAGAUUCACUGUGGAUCUGUUUGUGGUGAUUUUAUUAAGUGCAAAUUUGCUUAGAAAUGAAAAAUGCAGAGAGACUUAUGUUUUGUCAAGGGGCUGUGUCAAAAUCUUGUCCUUAUACUUAAUUUAAUCUUGUUGUAGCUGUAGCCUAAACUCACCUUGUUCCUGAAUUAACAUGUGGAAUAAAAUAACUACACAGUA